GGACAGUCUUUAGGAGUCAGGAUGGCUGAAGACAUCAAGACUAAAAUCAAGAACUACAAAACCAACCCCUUUGACAGCCACUUUCCAAACCAGAACCAGACUGAGAACUGCUGGCAGAACGACCUGGACUUCCACCGCUGUGAGAAAUCCGCAGUGACGGCCAAGGGGUGUGAAGUCUCCGUGUGUGAGCGGUACCGGCAUGUGCACAAGUCCCUCUGCCCCGUGUCAUGGGUCUCAGCCUGGGAUGACCACAUAGCCAAAGGCACAUUUCCCAGGAGGAUCUGA